CUCUGGCGGCUCGGCGCUCGGCCAGCCGCGCCUGCGCACGUGGUGAUUUCCGGCGAGCGCCGCUGGGCGGGUGAGGGUCUUGUCUUGUGUGAGGGGCCUGUGGGCCCGGCGGCGGCCCGGAACGCUGCAGCCCGGCCCUCCUCGCUCCGAGCAGGACGGCGAGCGAGCCCCGGCCAUGACUUCUCUGUUGGCGAAAGACGCUUACCUGCAGGGCCUGGCCAAGAAGAUCUGCUCCCAGCCCAGCACCGAACCGCAGAAGCGCAAAUCGGCUGGCAAAACUCAAGUCUCAGAUGCUGCUGCACCCCCCAGGAAGAAGAGGAGGAAAGCACAGAAGAAACCCCGGGAGCGGGAGGAGAAGACUGCGAAGCCCAGGGCCCAGGCCUCUGCGAAGUCUGAGGCCAGGAAGCCAGAGGCGGCCGAGGAGGAGGAGGGAGCCGCCAGCUCCACCAGGGCCCCGGCGGGUGGCCUGGCCACAGAGCCUGACUCUUUAUUUGCCUUGGAUGUUCUGCGGCAGCGCCUGCAUGAGAAGAUUCAGGAGGCGCGGGGCCAGGGCAGCACCAAAGAGCUGUCCGCCGCUGUUUUGGAGAAAAGACGCCGGAGGAAGCAGGAGCGCGACCGGAAAAAGAGGAAACGGAGGGAGCUGAGAGCAAAGGAGAAGUCAGCCAAGGCACUGGAGGGGGCGGAGGCCACCGAGCCGGACCCGCCGGUGCCCGGGCAGGAGACGCAGGCCCAGCCGGGGCUGCUCUUCAACAAGGUGGAGGUGACCGAGGAGGAGCCGGCCAGCAAGGCCCAGCGCCGGAAAGAGAAGAGGCAGAAGCUGAAGGGGAACCUGACACCGCUGACGGGCAAGAACUACCGGCAGCUGCUGGAGCGCCUGCAGGCGCGUCAGGCCCGGCUGGAGGAGCUGCGGGACCGGGACGCGGGGCAGGCCCAGGAGCUCGAGGCCAAGAUGCGCUGGACCAACCUGCUGUACAAGGCCGAGGGCGUGCGGAUCCGUGACGACGAGCGCCGGCUGCAGGAAGCCCUGAAGCGCAAGGAGAAGAGGCGCGCGCAGCGCCAGCGCGCCUGGGAGAAGCGCACGGCGCACGUGGUGGGCAAGAUGCAGCAGCGGCAGGACCGGCGGCGGCAGAACCUGCGCAAGAAGAAGGCGGCCAAGGCCGAGCGCCGCCUGGAGAAGGCGCGCAAGAGGGGCCGCAUCCUGCCCCAAGACCUGGAGCGCGCCGGCCUGGCCUGAGGCUCCGGCUGCCCGACCCCCGUCCGGAGCGGUGCAGGCUCCGGCGGAAAGUGGACUCUGCCUCGUGCCCCUCACCGGUUUGUCUGAGGCUCAGGCACCGCCGCGCAGAAGAGCCUUCAGAUCCGGGGAAGGGGCUGACCCAGGUCCAGCUCCAGCCUCCUCUUACUGACCAGAGGCUCCCUGCAGGUUGUGGGGUAGUGGACCAGGGAGCUGUGAGGAGGGAGCGGGCACCUAGGGAGGGCUUUGCUGGCCGCCUCUUCCUCUCAUUGUCACAGCAGCAGGAAGGGAAUGGCCUUCGUGACUACGGUGUUAGCCCCAGGCGCGCUUGGGAGGGUGAAACCAGCUCCUGCAGCAGAGCUGGAGUGGAGCUGAUGGGCUUGGCGGCGGAGCAGGCAGGGUGUUCUCAGGCACCUGUAAUUGAGCUACACCAAGUUGAUGUGAAAAGUGGGUGAAGAGUAGAAUUUAAGGUGAAGAUGGUUAUUAAAAAUUCUAACUACUAAAAGAUAGUGUUAUUGGAGUAGGAGGGAAAAGAAAAUGGAGCUGGCUGGAUGGUAUCAGUCUAGGGGGAGGUGGGAGAGAAGGGGUAAAACCUGGAGAACUACGUGGGGUGGAUGGAGGGUCCGCAAUGACAGGUGAGUGCAAGCCCACAGGCAGGCAGUGAGAGCGGAGAUGGAUGGUACGGUCUGUGGAUUGUAUUUCAGGAAGACUGUUUAUAAAAUUCUUUAGAUUAAAUUCCAGUUAAGAAA